GACACCAUGAAACAUUCGCUUCAAAAACUGAUUCUCUGUUUGUUCAAAAUCUUUUAAUUCAAGUAAAUACAUCUUCUCAAGUUUGUAUAAAUCGUCUUUCUUUGGUUUAACCAUCUACACCUACUACGAUCAUGGUUCUGUUCUCCAAAUUCAUGAGCUGGCUUCUCUUAGCAAGCACAGCUACUGCAACUCAAACUAGCAAUGAUAUGUGCCAUGUCAAUCAAGAUCUCUCAUCCUACGAUCCCAUCGAGCUCCAAGCUCUACGCUCAGAAUGGACAACUGGUGUCGACAAAGCUUUCAAGGAGCACGGCGCUAUACUCCAAGAGCCCACAGACGCAGAAAUUGCGUUGAUUCCAGAAAACUUCCGAGAUAAGGCGAAAGAAGAGCACGCUAAAUGGUACAAAAUCGAGUGGGAGCAUCUGCCAAAUAUACUCAAGAACUGGAUUUUGGAACAUCCCUGGCAAACGGCCUUCCAUAUUGCAAAUGGAGCAGUUUACUUUGCACCAGCUGGAGCAAGCGGAUUAGUGCUCUGGGCACUAGGUUUCACCUCAGUAGGACCAAGAGCUGCAUCCUUUGCAUCAUUCCUGCAAAGUAAAAUCGGUUUGGUGAUCGCAAAGAGCUGGUUCGCAAUGUUUCAAAGCGUGCCCAUGAGUGGUUGGGGAGCACCCAUUGUGCACACGGCUACAAAGAUCGGGGCGUUCACUAAUAGCUUUGGUGCUGCAUUCUGGGGGUGGGCUCGUGGAAAUAGUACGGCGUAGACUGAGAAUAUGAGGGAGGGCAGCACUCUGGAGCAUGAUGGAAGAAGUUUCGAAGAGGUUGGCAGCAAUAGGUUGUGUCGUACGUAGUCUAGGAAGACUCGCCGCUUAAUACUACAUAUUUGAUCUUUCACUAUCAAUUAUCAGAUAUGCAGUCGUCUACAUUCCGAUAUGCAAGUCGCCAAAUCACGAAUGAUACUUCAAUUUUGGACCAGCCCAGUGAGAAGCAAUUUGAGUAAACCCUGCCCAUUCCGGAUAUUGUUGACAAGAGCAAAAUAACAAAUAAUCAAACGAAGAACA